GCCAAGAAAAGAUGACGGGUUGUAUCUAAAACCCGCUUAAAACCCUCCCUCCCUCCCUCUCCGCGCAGAUUGACACAGUGGUUGAAGGAACGAAAUGAUGUUAAAACGGGGAAAACCUUCCGUCUUAAGUAUCGCUGAGAAAUGCAAGAAUGUAUUGGCUUCCAAUUGGCAGGGUAAGCUCAAUACCAUCAAAGCCGAUUCAAAUGAUAGCAAGGAGGAGAUCUACAGUUCAAGAGUGAAGUAUGUUGUGCAGAAAGGAAGGCCCUAUAUUUGGGUACCUGAGAAGGAGUUGCAUAAUGUGAAUACUAUUAUUGAUGAACGUGGCUCUUUUGCUGUGAGCAGCCCCAUUCCAGGGCCACUUGCAAGUAUACUGAAAUCAGUUAAAAAGCUACCAGCCCGGGUUGCGCUAAUUGGUGAUGCUAUCCUCCUUGAAGAUGAAAAGGCUAAGUUAGCAGCUGAAAGCCUUAAGGAAACCCUGUUAGCAGACCAGAAGGCUGUCGAGGAAAUAAACUAUUCAGUUUCUGGAAUAUUAAACUCAUCCCAUCUUGGUUCUACUUCCCGAGUUGCAAACCUUCAGGAAUUACUCCAAGGCGAUGCACAAUACAAUCUGUAUAAAUUCAAGGUAAGGUCGUGUACGUAUAUUGACACCAAUGCGAUAGUUCAUAAAGUAAAUCCUAAAGAUGUUGAAAAUUCGAAGGCAGAUCGUUUAGCUCAAUUUUCAAUGAGCCUAAUUGAUGGAAUCAAUCGAAGUGAAACAAGGCGUCGAGCUCUUAUUCUUUUCUGCAUCACUUUCCUAAAUGAAAACGCAAAGGACGCGUUUAUUCUAUCAGUAGAUAUGAAGGGCUUUGAUGUGCUUGCCAAAGUUCUUGGUUCAGUCAAGGGUGACGGGUCUCGUGAAUAUCAGUGGAAGGAAUUGAGAUUUGGAUUCAAAGACGAGGCAUCUGAUGCUGAGACAUUCUGCCAACGGCUGCUGGAAAUGGAAGAGGAAGCCCUGAAGAAAAUCUCAAGUGUCACUGGCAGCAUUAUGGAAUUUAUUAUAUUCCCACAGUUGUUGCCAGAUCUUUAUCGCUCCAAUUAUGGAAUAUGCGCAUUUAGCAUGUUGAAAGAACCGGGCCUCAACCAUUUGUGCGUUGAACUGGCUGUAUCGGUGUUUGCUGGCAGUCGGAUUUUGAGUUCUGCACUGGCUGCCGUGACACAGAGCAAAGAAGAAUAUCGCGAUAAGCAGCGCCAUAACUACAUCUUUCUACGAGAAAAUUGUACAGGUUUCAUGUUUCUAUUUUCCUAUCCUCUCACACGUUUGACUCACUCGAGUCUCUUUUUCAAUCCAAUAUAUAUGUGGGUUAGGAGUAUUUUUUAACUAAAUUUGAAUAAAAAUGUGUAA